UGUUAAAUAUACCACUGGCUCAUCUCAACUAAAACCAGGCUUUACAAAACAUUAGGAGCAUAACAUGGUUCAAUAAUAAACAAAUCUAUAAACAAAUGUAAUUGUUCAGUUUGAAAUCAUAUUACUGUUGCUGUUAUGACAAAUACACAAACUUUUGAUUUUGGACCAUGGACGGUAACUUCUACGAAAGGUACAAUCUUGAAUGCAGAUACUAUAGAAAGAUUUACUGCAGAACUUAAGCUGCCUUCGCUACCUGAAAUGGUAUUUGGUGAUAAUUGUCUUUGCGUACAACAUCAAUCUGGCUUUGGAUUGGAGUUUAAUGCUUUGGAUGCAUUACGAUUAGUCAACAGUGAACAAGAUUUGUUGAAAGUAGCAUGUGCUGAAGAUUGGCAAAAGUCAAGGGCUAAUGGUGAACAGUGUACAAACAUAGUGAAACCUUUUGAUUGGACAUUUACAACAAGCUACACUGGAACUUUAAUUGAGAAAGGAGACAUGAAAUUUAAGGUUGUUGAAACAGACGAGAUGAUCGACCUUGAAGUUUUAAAGAAGAAGGAAAAGAUAUAUUUCUACGAGGACAUGAUACUGUUCGAAGACGAGCUAGCCGAUAAUGGUUGCGCUUUGUUAAGUGUCAAAAUGAGAAUAAUGCAAGGCAGUUUUUUCAUUUUGCUACGAUUUUAUCUUCGUGUUGACGACGUUAUAGUUCGUGUUAACGAUACGAGGAUUCAUUAUGUGGCCGGAAACGAUUACUUUAUGAGGGAAUAUACGUCAAGGGAAGAAAGUACAGCGGAAUUAAAGGAUCCGUACGAAGACGCGAGGACGAUCUACGAGAAACUUGGAGUGAAGUUUAGGAGAUGUGAAAAACUACAGUUUCCGGAGUCAGUUUGCGCAGAGCAGCCUCUGACGACGGAGACGGCAAAACCGUCAGAGGAUACAACAGAUUCCUGAAGUCGAGAAAAACAUGGCAGACACAAUGGAAUCGUGUUGAAAAUAAUUGAAUGCAGUAGAAUUAUCGAAGGAAACGCGCUUUUACGGCAAAUUUAUAUUUGAUUUUCGCAGCUACAUUCCACCAACUUCCGAAGAAUACGACCGACAUUUGUGAACGAUCUUGAUUGGUCAGCAGUCGUCCAUGGUGUGGAAAUCAAAUGUGAAACUACUAACUCGAGAAAAAGUCACUUUUAUUGAACCAAUCAUGCUGCGACGCAAGUUUGUGGAGAUCAAAAUUCUCAAAAUUCUCCUUUAUACAAAGACAUCAGAUGCAUUAAUCUUAUCCGACCGGGACAAUGUGAAUUCGUCAAACUGAUUUUAUUUUUUCUGUUCUUGGAAAUUGAUUGUGCCACUAGCCCUUUUCGUGCCAUCUGUCUCUGCGUGUAGGAUUAAACAUUGUUCUAUAGAAAUGGUUGCGUAAGUGAGUAUAAUCAUACAAGGAAAGCGUGUCGAAAAUGUUUAUGUCAUUACGCUACGCUAACUUUUUUUCGCAAUCUACUACGUAAGCUCGAUGAUAUUUUUUCGAGUGAUACGGUCUCGCAAUAUCGUCACGACUUAAAUAUAACAUGAAGGUCUGCAGAGGCCCUUUUUUUUUCA